CCCUCGCUGCGUUGUGAGGUAAACAUGGCGGCGGUGGAGUGAGACGCGUAUGCCUCAACUUUAGCUAACGAAAACAAUUAAAAAAAUAUAUAAAAACAAAACAUGUCGCGCCAUAGGAAUGUCCGAGGUUAUAACUACGAUGAAGAUUUUGAGGAUGACGACGUUUAUGGACAAUCAGUGGACGAUGAUUACUGCAUCUCACCAGCUACAGCUGCUCAGUUUAUUUACUCACGUCAGGACUCGAGGCAAGCACGGCAGGUAGAGCCACUGGAGGAGGAGGAACAUGAAGAAGAAGAGGAGAUGCCAACCUCACCCACGGUUACGCAUAUGCUCGACCCUUUAGAACAAGGUCGUCUGUACUCCUGUUUGGACCAGAUGAGAACAGUGCUCGGAGACUCAGUACCUGACUCCACUCUGACCGAGGCCGCGUUGAAGUAUGACUGUGAUCCUCACAGAGCUCUGGACUCCAUUCUGUCCGCAGAAAACAGCAACAUGCAAACAACAACUGCACCCAAAACCAACACUCAACUGGAACUCACCACAGCACCCCCACCACAGAAAGCUAAACCCCGUGAGGCUCCUGAGAGUCGUCUGGAAUCCGAGGUAGUUCCUAAGGUCGCUCGAAUGACUGUCUCUGGCAAGAAGCAGACCAUGGGCUUUGAUGUGCCAAGCUCUGAUGAAAAUGGCGUUACCCCAUCUGCACGGAGAGGUCCAAGCCCAGAGGUGAUGACAGUCCCUGUCUUGGAGACACCAUCUAAACCUGCCAGUGUAGUAGAGGACUCAGUGACCCCUACUCCACCACGCUCAGCCAGCAAAAGCAAACAACAGCUGAACAUCCGGGCAGAGCUAGAGCAAAGGCAGGGGGGGAAACCACUUCUCAACCUGGUUGUCAUAGGUCAUGUGGAUGCUGGUAAGAGCACUCUGAUGGGUCAUCUGUUAUACUUGUUGGGGAAUGUGAAUAAACGGACCAUGCACAAGUAUGAGCAGGAGGCAAAGAAAGCUGGAAAGGCCUCUUUUGCCUAUGCAUGGGUACUGGACGAGACAGGAGAGGAGAGAGACAGAGGUGUGACCAUGGAUGUAGGGAUGACCAAGUUUGAGACCAACUCCAAAGUUGUGACUCUGAUGGACGCGCCAGGACACAAAGAUUUUAUUCCCAACAUGAUCACUGGAGCGGCACAGGCAGAUGUAGCCGUUCUGGUGGUGGAUGCCAGUCGGGGGGAGUUUGAAGCUGGGUUUGAAGCAGGUGGGCAGACAAGAGAGCAUGCCCUCCUAGUCCGAUCGCUCGGCGUCACACAGCUCGCUGUUGCUGUCAACAAGAUGGACCAGGUGAACUGGCAGCAGGAGAGGUUCCAGGAAAUCACCUCCAAACUUGGUCAUUUUCUGAAGCUGGCUGGGUUCAAGGAGUCUGACGUUUAUUACGUCCCAACCAGUGGUCUUUCAGGAGAGAAUCUCACCACAAGGAGCAAAGAAGCUGAUCUCACUGCCUGGUAUACAGGACCAUGUCUGCUGGAACAGAUAGACUCAUUUAAAGCCCCUCAGAGAUCAGUGGAGAAGCCCUUCAGACUUUGUGUCUCAGAUGUCUUUAAAGAUCAGGGUUCUGGGUUCUGUGUGACGGGAAAGAUUGAAGCUGGGUUCAUUCAGACUGGAGACAAAGUGCUGGCCAUGCCACCCAAUGAGACCUGCACUGUGAAAGGUAUCACUCUUCAUGAUGAACCACUAGACUGGGCGGCUGCAGGUGACCACGUUAGUCUGACAGUCACCGGGAUGGACAUCAUAAAGAUAAAUGUUGGUUGUGUAUUCUGCGACCCUAAGGAGCCCAUUAAGGCCUGUUCUCGUUUCCGGGCCAGAAUUCUGUUGUUCAACAUCGAAGUCCCAAUAACACAAGGCUUCCCUGUUCUGUUACACUAUCAGACAGUGAGUGAGCCUGCCACCAUCAGAAAACUAGUCAGUGUGUUACAUAAAAACAGUGGGGAGGUUCUGAAAAAGAAACCAAAGUGUUUGAGUAAGGGCCAGAAUGCUGUGGUAGAGAUCCAGACACAGAGGCCUGUGGCUUUGGAGCUCUAUAAGGACUUUAAAGAACUGGGCCGUUUCAUGCUCCGAUAUGUUGGCUCCACCAUUGCUGCUGGAGUGGUCACAGAGAUCAAAGAGUAAACUUCAGCAGCACCCAGAUCCUUCACACCAUGCUGACUGGACGGAGGAGACUCUGAACAGAAGUGCAAUUCCACCCAAAACCAUACUUAUACUCACAGUAACUCAUUUCCUCUAAUCACAUCCUCUUUCUCACCUCGCUCUGCCUAUAAUAUGAUACCCAAAGGCUCAUGUGCAUGCAUGGCAGAUACCUGCCUGCCCCAAAUUCAUCACAUGCUCCUAUUAGUUGCCAUUAACACCACAAACAGACUCAGAAACGCAUGUAUCCACACUUAGUGUGUUUACAUUAAUCUGUAUUCCCUUCCUUUUUUGUCGUUGUUUGCUUCCCUGAUAAGCAAACUGAAGAACAGUAUUUUGAUUGUUUUAUUAUAAUAUUUCCCUGUAUUUUUAUUCAACAUGUUAAUCUUAAUUUGAUUAAAACGCUGGGAAAGAUAAAGAGCACUUCACCUGUAGCAAGGUGAGAAGUUUUUAGGGUGUAUUAUUUUGAGGAUCUUUGAGUUAUUAAUUAAGGGCUUUGUUAUAAGAGAUGUAGGGAAUAUGGGAAAAAAAAUAUGCGUUGCUUCAGUCUACAGCUUUCUACAUAUCCUCUACCGCUGACACUCCUGCAGCUGGUCAGGAAUGAACUGCACUAUACAUAGACUUCUCAGACCUCAUCACAUUACAUCCAUUGCAAGAGCUGCACUUAUGUGAGAAAAGCUACAAUUGUGCUAUUAAUAUCAACAGCAGACUUAAAAUGACACUAAAAGGACAAAGACAGCGGGGCAGAGUGAAUGAAAGAGACCGAAGAGGAGGAGAUGGAAGAAUGAAAUGCUGGUCAGGGUGCCAUCAUACAGCAAGCAAAGGAGGAACUGAAGCACAGUACGGUUUCUGUACUGUCUGUGUUGCUUUUGAGCACUGGCAGCUUGGUUACUUGUUGAAAAUGUUUUGUUUAAAGCUGAACCACCUGAAAGCUGCUUCAAUGAAAAAUUAAAAACAAGAAAAUGACUGCAGAAA